AUGAGUCUAUCGUUUGUGGAAACAGAGCAUUGUAACGCAGACUAUAUCACCGUGUACGACGGAGCUACUAAAAAUGCUCAAAGUUCUAAGAAAAUCUGUGCCAAAGAUAACCACAUCACUCUGAACGAGUCUCAAGGAAAUAUCUCCAGCCCUGGAUAUCCGUUUGGCAAACUUGACAACGAGUUGUACACCUGGACUAUACAGGGGAAAACUGACAGUUAUAUCGUCCUUGAUAUUUCAGACUUAGAAGAAGACUGCCAGUAUGACUACCUAAGAAUCUAUGACGGAUCUACACCAUUUGGAAAUUUCUGCUCGUCAACACCACCUGGGUUAAAAGCUUCAACAGGAAACUCUAUGUUUGUUGUGUUAAAAACGAAUAGGUCAAACACAUAUAAAGGAUUUUAUGGAAAUUAUGAGAUACGAGGGUCUUGUCAAUACGACUACAUCACCGUGUACGACGGUGCUGCUGAAAAUGAUCGAAGUUUUAGAAAAGUUUGUGAUAGGGGAGACUCAGCUGUGAUGGUAUCGACAACAAACAAACUGUUGGUCACUUUUAAAACAGAUGGUUCUGAUAGAUACAGAGGAUUUUAUGGGGAGUUUUAUUCACAAGAUACCCACAUCAUACUGAAUGAACCGAAAGGUUUUAUCUCUAGUCCUGGAUAUCCAAUUGGUUGCCUGGGGAACAUGUUUUACACCUGGACUAUACAGGGCAAGGCAGAUACAUACAUUGUUCUCAAUAUUUCAGACAUAGGAGAAGAUUGCCAGCAUGAUUACCUAAGAAUAUAUGACGGACCCACAACAUUUUCACCGUUGUUUGGGAAUUUCUGCUCGUCAGUACCACCAGGGUUAAUGGUCUCAACGGGAAACUCCAUGUUCAUCGCGCUCAAACAGCAUGGCCCCAAUACAUAUAAAGGCUUUGUUGGAAAUUAUGAGAUACGAG